AUGGCCACUCGGAUCGCGGACGCCAGCAUGGCCUUCAGUCGCAGUAGUAGCAGCAACGAGAGCACACCCACGAUAUCGAAGCUCGAAACGACGCGUCUGGCACUCGCGCAGGAGCAGAAGAAGCGCAUUGACGCUGCCGUCGCGCGGGUUACGGGCAAGCGAGAGAGCAGUAAGCGGAAAGGACUGGGAGAGCGCGGGGUGGAUGCUGUCCAUCGCAGUAAGAAGAUCAAGACAGUCGUGGACGUCACAAGCGACCCAGUGGACAAGAAGAAGAGCUCGAUUGCUCGACGGAUGGUCGACCGCUUCGCGACAAUGCCCGAGCCAGAGCACGAGGAAGGGGCUGAGCAGGCGAAGGAAGAGCCAGUUACACGUUCGGUGACAACUGCACAUCAGUUUGUGACACGGUCGACAGUUGGGGAUGCGGCACAUCUAUUGGACGAAACUCUGCCUGAGACAACGCAUCAUGUGACAACGACUGUAAAGACGACUACAGUGACUGUGACGAAAGAAAAUAUUGUGGAAGUGGUGUCCAAGGAAGAGAAAGCGAAUAAGAGCGAGGAGGAAGAGGCUACAGUAGUCGAGGAAGAGGAGGAAGAGGAAGAAGAGCAAAAGAGUGCGUGGGAUGGACCCUCCUCGAAUUUCCACGUCAAGCAACUGGGUCUGGAUGACACGGUUGACAUCUACGCUCCGAUUGCACAGCAACAAGAAGAUGUGCAGCGCGUGCGUGAACGUGUGAAGUACAUGCCGAGGAUCAAUACCAUCAAGUCGAUUGCCGUGACGAGCAGUUCGGAGGCAGACAUGGAUUUUGUGCCCACGAAAGUUUGUGAUCAGGACUCCGAUGCUGUGUCUGUACCGGAAGUUAGCAGUGACGAAUCGCAAGUUCAAGCGGAAGAGACUGAAAAAAAUGAGCAGCAGACAGCGAUCUCGACAGCUGGCGUGCACCGGACUUGGGUGACCUGGGUGUUUGUCUUCACACCGCUAGUCGUUGUGGCAACUAUUGUGCUAGUGUUCACGCUGCUCUUUGCGCUCGACUGGUCGCAGGAGACAUUCCAGUUCUAUGAGAUGGAUGCAGAGAGCGCAGCAGGCUCUGAAGAGAUCUUCUCGUGCGCCUCGUUUGUGGAAACUCAGUCAUUGAUCAAACGCCUGAUGCGGGAGGCUGUGCACAAGGCGCAAAGGACUGUGCAUUUGUAUCUCGGUUGA